AUGUUUUUGUUCGAGACUCAGAAUAUUGGGGAAAUUCGUUGUGUAAAAAGAAGUGAUCUAAUUGAAGCUCUAGUUCAAGAUCUCCCACUUGGCACUAUAAGAUUUGGAUGCCAAAUUCUCUCUGUGAAAUUGGAUACAAAUUCUUGUUUUACCAUUCUUCAUUUGAAUAAUGGCAAUACAAUUAGAGCCAAGGUGUUGAUUGGAUGCGAUGGUGCCAACUCUGUGGUUGCGGAUUUUCGUGAGUUGAAACCCAAGAAGCUUCACUCUUCAUGUGCAGUGAGAGGAUUUACUUAUUUCCCAAAUGGUCAUGGAUUUGUUCAUGAGCUAGUCCGAACAAGAAGAGAUAACACUUUGUUUGGAAUGGCUCCAGUCGCGGAUAACCUAGCUUUCUGGUUCUUUAUUCACCAAUGGCAUCUUCAGGAUUCAAAGGUGUUCAAAGAUCAAGAGAUGAUCAAACAAAUGACUCUAGAGUCCGUCAAGGAUUUCCCUUCAGAAAAGAUACAACUGGUAAAAAAUUGUGACAUUUCUACCCUAACACUCACCCAUCUGAGAUAUCAUGCCCCAUGGGACAUAUUAUUAGGCCUGUAUGGGAACCCGCAAAGACACGAAAUACAUAGGAAAGUUGCAUCAGAAGAAACAAAUGAAGACUUCUACACCUGGAGUGCAUUUAAUAGGUCGAAUAGGAACCGAACCCGAAGUACAAGCGCAACCUCCUCUUUAGAAGCACCAACGGCAACAACGAAUCUACUGUCUACCAUGCAGUCACAGAGUAACAAGCUUCAACAAUAUUUGGGAACUCCUGAAAUGUUACCAACAGAUCCACAAUAA